UGUAAGAAUAUUUACACGGUUUCAGCAGCCAUUGGGAAUCGGUUUUAAUUGUUUUCUGGAAGAAAAAAAAGCCCCCCCUUCGGUGUCAAUUUGGUGGAGUCGGAUGAAAACCGAGCUGUGCGUGAGUGUGCGUGCGCCACAUCUUCCACUAAAUGAUAAAAGCCACUUCAAACUGCCGGGGACCGAGCUUAAACAGAGGCGUUCAAGUCCAUGCAGACCAAACUCGGCUUUUCUCUGUUACUUCCCGCUGAGGCCGCACAGACUCAGUGGAGCGUCGUGUGUUUUUGGCUUUUUGCUUUUUCUUUAAACCGUUACAAGUUGACGCGUAAGUUCGGCUGCCUGCAGCGGGAUAAAGUGGACUGUUUCCUAACGAGGAGCCGAACCUGUACAGAGGAGCAGAGGAAGUGGAGCAGCCUUUGACGUGGGGCGCAGUAGUGCGGCUUGAGUAGAGACACUUAGAAGAGAAGGUAGAAACGCCAGCUCGGCUGUCCGCCUCGGAGCGCUGCAUCAUGGGGAAGCAGAACAGUAAACUGCGACCUGAGGUCCUGAACGACCUGAGGGAGAACACAGAGUUCACCGACCACGAGCUGCAGGAGUGGUACCGAGGCUUCCUGAAGGACUGUCCCACCGGCCACCUGACAGUGGAGGAGUUCAAGAAGAUCUACGCCAACUUCUUCCCGUAUGGCGACGCCUCAAAGUUUGCGGAGCACGUGUUUCGUACGUUUGACACAAACAGCGACGCCACCAUAGACUUCCGGGAGUUCAUCAUAGCUUUGAGUGUGACAUCACGUGGCGGGCUGGAGCAGAAGCUGCGCUGGGCCUUCAGCAUGUAUGAUCUGGACGGGAAUGGUUACAUCAGUCGGGCGGAAAUGCUAGAGAUAGUUCAGGCCAUCUACAAGAUGGUGUCAUCAGUAAUGAAGAUGCCAGAGGAUGAGUCGACGCCAGAGAAAAGAACGGAUAAGAUCUUCAGACAGAUGGACAUCGACAAUGAUGGUAGAUUGUCUUUGGAGGAGUUCAUUAAAGGUGCCAAAAGCGACCCGUCCAUCGUCAGACUGCUGCAGUCGGAUCAGGGAACCUCCCGCCAGUUCUGAGGAUACAGAGAAAUCCACUCUGCUGCAUGAGAAAAACCUACCACAUAAAUUCAGCUUUACACCAUUCCUUACCUCCCCUUUUUAGCUAACACUCUUGUUUACAUUUAUGUGUCUUCUCUCUGGAGCCGUUUUGAGUAUUUUUUUGUGCUUUUCCUAAACCUUUCCCAUUUAGCCUUUUUGUUUAAUUUAAGUGCCAUAUAAGUAUAUUGACUGGAUUCAAAGGUUAAAGUGUUAUGGCUACCAUUACAUUACAAAAGGAAACUAAUUAAAUGACUUAAGAGUUUGAUUCAACUGUGGCUUAUUGUGGUUUAAGAGAACAGAUGCUUACAAAGGUCUGUAUGCCUUGAUAUAGCAUGGCUCACUUAUUUGUAU